UGGCGGGGCGCAGCUGGGAGGGCACCGGGGGCUCCUGAAGGGCUGCCGCCCGCCCUCAGCCGCCUCUGAGGGGUCCCGGCCCGCCGCGGAGCAGCCCCCGCGGAGAAAGUUUUCCCUCGGCUCCUCCGCCAAGCCUCGGGGGGAACAGCGUGAAGCCGCCCGGGGUGCCUCGGCAUGCUGCUCCCCGCCGCCCUGGUGCGAGGCGGCGGGCAGCUGCGGGUCCCCCUGGGGAGAUGGCCGCCGGCGCCGUGCCUGAGAUGGCGGCGGCAGCCCCCCCUCAGCCCCUCUGCGCUGCUCCGGGGUGCCCGGGCGAGUGUAUGGACGCAGGCGGGGGGACUGGGAGCUGACAAGUCUGGCCAUGAGAGCAAACAUGUGUCGGUGCGAAGGGAUCAAAAGGAUGAGGCUCUGCUGUCGGCGGCCCGGAAAGUGAAAGAAGCUGGAAGAGACUUUACCUAUUUUAUUGUGGUGCUUGUUGGAAUUGGUGUUACAGGUGGUUUGUUCUAUGUGAUUUUUAAAGAGUUAUUCUCUUCUUCUAGUCCAAGUAAGAUCUAUGGAGAUGCAUUGGAGAAAUGCAGAUCUCACCCUGAGGUAAUUGGUGUUUUUGGUGAACCCAUUAAAGGUUAUGGGGAGGCAACGCGAAGAGGAAGACGACAGCUUGUCAGUCACAUUGAAUACGUAAAGGAUGGACUGAAACAUAUGCGUUUGAAGUUCUAUAUUGAGGGCUCUGAACCAGGAAAGCGGGGAACAGUCCAUGUGGAAGUCAAAGAGAAUCCUGAGGGAGGAAAACCUGAAGUCCGUUACAUAUUUGUGGACGUUGACACCUAUCCUAGAAGAACGAUUAUCAUUGAAGACAACAGAUAGCCAGUGAUCGAAGUUGCUGCUUCAUCUUACUCACUGUUGAAUGAUAUUGGUGUAAGCAGUCCACACAGGAAUUGUUUGAUGUUUUUGAUCAUAUCUUGCAGAUUUCGAGUUAAAUAUAGGAAGUAACCUCUCAGGGCCUCCGUUAAAGUCUCUCAUAACAACAGAUCCAGAGUUUGAGGUGAAGCCAAUGAAAAAUAGUAGAGCCGUCACUUAUGGCAAGUAUUUUUGACAUAGGAAAAUAAUGGCUCGUAAUAAACUGUCUGAUGCUGGAUAAUUCUCCUUAACACCUAAAAUCUGCAUCUUCCAAGGUUUCUGGUUUAGGUGGGGAGUUUCUUGUCUUCCUUUGCUUGGAUUUCCCGCUAGCACUGCAAUAAAGUAAGUGGUAUUUGAAAUGCAGACAAAAACUGUUUUCAUUCUGAAUACGUUUGUAGAUAAUUUAUGUUAGUGUGUAAAGGAGAUCUAGCCCAAAUGCAUCCAAGAAUAUGAAUUGUGGAGACCCACACCCAUGACAAAUGACUAAACAUAAAGACUCCAAUAUUGGUAUCUUUUAAAUAAAUUACCAGCACCUGUACUUUCUUCUCCUUUCAAGGUCUGCCACCCUGCUCCACUGAGUAAUGACAAGAGUGUUGUAGGUGCUCAGCACUGCCAACACUUUUUUUCAUUAACAUAACUAAUCUACAUCUUCCAGGAAUUAGAUUCAUAUAAUUUUACCCAAAAUCAAAAGCUCAACUCAUGACCAAAUUUAUCUCUUGGGUUUCUUCAUUAGUGCCAUAUGUCAAUUAUUAAACAUAAUCCUGUGUAUUAAUUGUGAGACUCAGUUGUGUCUGCCAAGCAGCACCACCUGAAAACUUUCAAGCUUUAAUGUCUUACAUAUAACCAUUUUCUUAAACACCAAUGCAUUUUUCUGUAGUUAUCUAUAUAUAAUAUGAGCUUUUUAGUUCACUAGUUGUUUAUCCCUAAAUUAAAUAUAUUUAAAUUAAAUAUACACUGAUGUUUAGCUUCAUUUAAUGGUACAUUUGGGGUGUUCUAAAGUUCAUACAGUAUUCCCUCAUAAAAAUACUGUAGAUAGACAUUUAGAAAUACUUCACUGUUCAGUCUCCAGCAAUCUCAUCUUCAUAGCCCUAACAACCACACAAUACUUUUUUAGACCUGGAUAGUUUUGCUUUAUAUUAAGUGUUUUGCUUUGUAUUAAGUGUUGCAACUUUAGCUUCAGUCAGAUCCUCGUAUUGUUUGAAAGUAUUCAAUGAAAAGGAAUCCCACAUUUAUUCCAACUCUAUGAGUGUAGUAGAGAAGAAAAGCACGUGUUAUAGCAAAACAGCUACCAAUGUCAAUCCAUAAUAAAGUGCAAGGUAUUUUGGAGUUUCUACAUUGGAUAGAAUAUAACUGACUUUUGCUGUGCCAGCCAAAGGGAUUUUUACAAAACUAACAUCGGUUCAGACUGAUCAAAGUGAUUCCAUAUCUGUCAGUUUCAGCAGUGAUUUUUUUUUUUUUUUUUUUAAUCUAUUAAUGGAUAAUUGUCAAGACCAAAAAGUCUUUUACUCAUAGUCAAAAGCUACAGAAGUCACUGUGAUUCCCUACUGAAAGUAUGAGAAGCCAUCUUGGUACUUGUUAAGAAGUAACUCCAACAAACUUUUAAUUUUCACUCAUAGUUAUUGGCAUCAUUAAUGUUAAUCUGAAAAGGUUUAUUUAAACAAUAAACCUUUUGUUUAUUGAAGGGGGUAACUAUUGCCCCCUUCAUGUUAUUUUUGUGAAAGUAAUAGUUAUUAACACAUUUUAGUGUUGCUUAUGACUCUUCCUAAUUCUUAGCAUUGCACUUUACUAAAACCUAUAACCAAGUAUAAAGAAAAAAAAUCUGAGAACCCUCUGUUUUAUUGCAUACUGCUGCAGUAGUGACUGAUAGCAUUGCAUGUCAUGUUUUAAGUCCAGUUGCUGUAAACGUGUUACACGUGGAAGUUACUGAAAACGACUUCUGCAAGAGUUUUGUCACAAAUACAAGACAGAGCAGUUAAGAGCAUAUCAGAAAUACUGCAAGCUAUACAAUUGUAUAACUUAAUAUUAAGCUUACUAUCCUUAAGCCUGUGCUAUACCUUUAGUAUUCAUCAACUUUUAUGAAACCAGACUAUAUCAAAAUACACAGUCUAGGCUAGAAAACUUGAUGUUGUUUUUGCCCCUCCUUUAUGAGUUUCUUCCAUCUCAAACUGCCUGAAAGCCAUUGUAAAUUUCCAUGUCAACAACAGAAUUGACAAGCUAGAUUUUUUUCCUAUAUCUCCGCGUUCCAGCUUUGCUCACCCAUUAAUCUGAAUGCGGCUUGUUUUCAGUGGGCUUCACUGCUGAGGAAAGGAGUAUUUCCUAAAGCAAGAUGUAAACAACUUUUUAGAGUAAAUGGUAUCGUAAAAACAACGUGUCAAAUCCAGUCCUUGAGGAAAAAAAGUAAAUGAAGUGUCACACCCCAAAAGAAAGACAUUAAAAUAAAAACGGUGAAGAAAA